GGGAGAGGGAGGGAGGGAGGGAUGAAUAGAUGGAGCACAAGGGAUUUUUAGGGCAAUGAAAUUAUUCUGUAUGAUACUAUAGUGGUGGCUACAUGUCAUUAUGCAUUUGUCAAAACCCAUAGAAUGUACAACAUCAAGAAUAAACCCUAAUGGGGUGGUGGGAUGGGACUGGGAUUUCAAAAUGUAGAAUAGAUAAACAAGAUUGUACUGUGUAGCACAGGGAAAUAUAUACAGGAUCUUGUGGUGGCUCACAGCAAAAGAGAAUGUGACAAAGAAUAUAUGUAUGUUCAUGUAUAAGUGAAAAGUUAUGCUCUACACUGGAAUUUGACACAACAUUGUAAAAUGACUGUAACUCAAUAAAAAAAAAAGUUAAAAAAAAAAGUAAACCCUAAUGUAAACUGUGGACUUUGGUUGAUAAUAAUGUACCCAUGUUGGUUUAUCAAUUGUACCAAAUAUGCCACACUGAUGAGAAAUGUUGAGGGUAGGGGAGUAUAUAUAUAUAUGUGUGGGUGGGGAGAGCUAUGUGGGAACUCUGUAUUUUCUAUUCAAUUCUGUGAACCUGAAACUGAUCUUAAAAAAAAUAAAGUCUAUCAAAAAAUAAAUUAAAAAAUCCUUACAUAGUUAUCAAAGGAAUAAAGCCAACCACAAAGUAAGAAUUAAUUCAAAAACAUACUUAGCACCCUGCUAUUAACAGCAGCAUUUAUUUAUUCAGGAUCAGCAGAGACUGCAGUUCGGGGUCGGCAAUCAUGGCAAAUCACGUGCAAGUCCCCACACGGGAAGGAGAAGGAUUUUCUGGAGGAAAAAGGCAAGGAAUACCAGCAGGUCUCUUUGCCGGUUGACAAUGUCCCAGCUGACAGCCACCCCAGCAAGUGCCCUUGCAGACGAGCCUGUGCACAUCCGAGCGACAGGCCUGCCUCCCUUGCAGAUGGUGACCCUCGUGGCAUCUCUGAAGGAUGAGAAGGGGAAUCUGUUCCAGUCCAGAGCCUUCUACAGGGCUAAUGAGGCUGGUGAGCUGGACCUGAAGCAGGCGCCUGCCUUGGGAGGUGACUACGUGGGGGUCCAUCCAAUGGGCCCCUUCUGGUCUCUGAAGCCUGAUAAGGGUUUUAGGAGGCUGCUCAAGCGCGAUGUGAUGAACAGCCCCUUUUGGGUCACUCUGCAGCUAUAUGACUCACUUUAUCUCCAAGAUUCAGCCCCGGGCGAGCCCAGGGCCAGCCAAGUGGUGCAGCGCUGGUUCUCCAGCCCUGGGGUCCAGCGGGUGAAGAUCCACGAAGGCCGAUUGCGAGGAGCCCUUUUCCUCCCUCCAGGGAAAGGCCCUUUCCUGGGACUCAUUGACUUGUUUGGGGGCACCGGGGGUCUAGUGGAUUUUCGGGCCAGUCUUUUGGCUGCCCGUGGCUUUGCAGUGCUGGCAUUAGCAUAUUUUGCCUAUGAAGACCUGCCUCAAAAGCUGCAGGAAGUGGACCUGGAAUACUUUGAGGAAGGUGCCAACUUGCUACUAGCUCAUCCCAAGGUUCAAGGUCCCGGAAUCGGAGUGGUCUCUAUGAGCAAAGGUGCAGAGAUUGGGCUGGCCAUGGCCUGCUUCCUGAAGCAGGUGGUGGCCACUGUCUGCAUCAACGGGUCCAAUGCCGUCUUUGAAUGUCCGCUCAGGUACCGGGAUCUGGUGAUAGCAUCCAUCCCCUCAUUUCCAGAGCGCAUGGAUGUCCACCCCAUGGGGGCUGCGCGCCUCCGCCACUACAGGGGGGACCCCCGGGAUGAACUGAAUCAGCAGAGUGUGCUUCCUAUUGAAAAGGCCCAGGGUCAGAUCCUCUUCAUUAUAGGGGAGGAUGAUGAAUGCUAUAAUAGCAAAAAAUACGCUGAGCAGGCCCUUGACCAGCUGCGGAACCACGGGAAAAGCAAUGGAAGGAUGCUGCUCUACCCCAAGACGGGCCACCUCUUAGAGCCGCCCUACGGGCCCCUGUGCUCUGCAUCUGUGCACCCGAGCUAUGGCCUCUUCCGCCCCAUCCUCUGGGGCGGGGAGCCUGCUGCUCACUCAGCAGCCCAGGUGCACGCCUGGGGAGAGAUCCAGAAGUUCCUCAGGCAACACCUCGUUCAGAGCAGAAGCAAAUUCUGAGUAAGAGUGAUGAUGAGGCGGGGAGACAAAAAAAGUGGUUAUAAAGCAGGGGUGCGGGUGGGUGAGGGUCUCCUGAUUUUUCUAGAUUCACAGUCACCUUGAAUUAACUGGAAGGAAAUUAGGCAAAAGCAAAGGACUGGGUGCAUCUGAAAUAUUUCUGACAAAAAUGUGUGUGCCUUGAAUUUUUGUAAAUUGAAUCUUAGUUUAUAUGCACCAGGGUAGUUGCUACUUCAAAAUUGUGAUACCUUUGCAAAUUGAAUAACCUUUUGUACCCCAUUUAGGGAAAUCUUGGAUCAAGGUAUUGACAAUCUAGAUAAAUUUCCUGGAACUUCCAAGUUAUAAAAUCACUUUCUGUUUAAACUAUUUUGAGUUGAAUUUAUGACAUUUGAUAUGAAAAGUUCUAAUACAUCACCAAGUGUAGUGCUUGCCAUAGGUUUCCAAUAGAUACUUUAAAUUUUUUAGACUAGUGAUUUCUCUUUUUAUUCCUAAACAUAUAUUUCUUUUUAUAAUUUUAAUCAGGAGUUAGAGCAAAUGCUCAAGUGCCUUUGUAGCACUGAUUGAAAUUAAAUGAGUUACAUUUAAAGCCGUCAGUACAGUGCCUGGCAUGUAGGAUUUCUAUGUCAGAACUAGCCAUUAUGGUUCUUAUAAUGCUUUUAUCUUUCAGUUUGUUAAUGUGGUGAAUAAUAUUCAUUCAUGGACUAAUUCUGCUUAUUCAUCUAAUUCUAACAGGUCAUUUUCUCAUAUUGACUAACUUGGGUUUUAAAAUUUCUUUUGGAGCUGGGUCUUAUAUUUUGUCAGGGUUUCACCCCUAUCUUCUGGAACACAUUUUCCUCUUAUAAUUUUUCACAUGUCCCCUGUUGUUUAUUUGCAUGCUUUCUCUUUUUCCUCUCAGUCAGACUUGCCAAAUAUUUGCCUAUCUUAUUGAUCUUUUACUAGAACAGCUAUUGCGUUGUUUGUUGGUAAAAUCUAAUUUUUGCUAAUUCAUCAAUUUCUGUUUCUUUGAAAUAAGUUUGUUCCUUCUGCCAUAUUUGUGUUUUUCUGGCUUCUUGAUAUGCAGUGUUCUCAUUUUGUAAAAGUCUAAUAGUUUCUGCUUUACUUGCCCCCCACCCCUUUGAAACCCAAGAGUAAUUCCACCAAAGUACAAAGUAUCAUCCUGCAGAUAACUUGCUGCUUAUAAGGAACCUCACUUCUCAGUGCGAAGUUCAGAUUGUCACCACCUGCACGCACUGACCAAACUCAGCAUCUCUAAAAAUUGUCAACUUGACAUAACACAUUUCAUGAUGAGAUGUAAUGUGGAUUGCCCAGCACUACUCAGAACUAAAUUCUAACAACAAUGUUAAAUGUGAAGCUAAUCAAGCCCUUUGAUCAAACUUCUUAUUAAUGUGGUGGCUAGAGGACAAGUUAAACGGCACUACAAGGAGACAGUCACAGAUUCUCGGUCAUUCUUUAACCUGGUCUCUUCACAAGUUAAUUGUCUUGUCUCUGACCUUGUCUCUCUUCACAAGUUAACUGCACGAAGAAAUUUUGGAAUUUUUCACUUUGUGGGAUUUUUUUUCUUUCUUUUUGCACUGGAGUGAGCUGGGGGCAGUUAAAAAUUAAAAGAGGCUUAAGAGACAUUAACCAAAUGCUAUGUGUGAGCUUGAUUUGAACAAAGUAACUGUAAAAAACACAUUUGGGGGAUAAAUAGAGAAAUUUGAAUAGGGACUGAAUAUUAAGUGAUGCUGAGAAAUUAUUAUUUUGUUAGAUGUCAAAAUGGUAUUGUGAUUACAUAGAAAGUCCCUAUUUAGAUACACAUACUGACAUAUUUAGAGGUGAAGGAUCACAAUAUCUGGGAAUUAUUUCAAAGUGCUAUAGGAAUAUGGCAAAUGUGAACAAUUAUUACACCUAGAUGAUCAGUAUAGUGAGGUCUAUUUGUUUACUUUUAUCUGUGCUUACAAUUUUUCAUAAUAAAAAGCUAAAAAAAUAAGAGAGAUAAUUGAUAUAUUUACCUUUCUUUCCCAACAGACAAGAACGUUAGCAUGCACUACAUCUUUUCCUCUGUGUCGCCCUCUAGUUUAAACAAAUAAGUAGACCACUUCUCAUCUUUCUAUUUAUGUGUAUAUGUGAAUCCCAGUAACUUUCGCCCUCUCUUAUUCCCUUUCUAGGGUGGUUGGACAGUCCACCUCAAAGAUAAAGGUUUAUGUGCCUUUGAAUACACAAAUAAUUUAUAGUGCUGGACCUGGCAGCCUCUUGGUCCCUGGAUUUUCUUUAUCUCUAAGGCUUGCCACUCUACUGUUUCAUUGUUAUGUUUUAAUCAUGACUGGGUAUUUUUCUCUCAGCCUUUGCAUGUCCUCUUCACAGAUUUCUAUUGCUUCUGGUAGAAAGUUCCAUUGGUUUAAAAACCUCUGCUGCAUGUACUCUUGGUAGCCUAACCUUCCUCCUUUAUAAUCGUACCCAGCAUGUCCCUGUGCUCCAGCAAUUCUGGACUUACUGCAGCCCCCACAGGGGAGUGCUAAUUGGUGCCGACCAAUCGUGGUGGUCUCUUUUCCUUAAUCCAGUGAUUAGUGUGGGCAUGAAUGCGUGGCAUGUCUGGCCAAGGAGAUGUCAGAGACAUCUGAGGAGAAUGGAGAUUGCCUGAAAGAGACACUUUGGAAGUUUGGGGGGAAAUUUCCCCUGAGGAUGUUAUUUCAUCUUAAGGUGGGUGAUAUAUUGAGAACAGGAAGAGAGCUAGUUUGAGCGCAAAACCCACACCCAGGGUCUGAGCCAAAUGAGCUGCAGAGAAAUGGGACUAGGGCUCUAAUUAUGUUGUUCCCUUGGUUGCUUAACCUUUGGAUUUCUUGUUAUUGGAUUCAAUAAACUGCCUUAUUUGUUGAAGCCAAUUUACAUUGGGAUUUUCUGAUUUUUGCUACUAAAGACUAUCAUGAUUAUGAGCACUUCUAUCACAGCAGCCCACCCUUUUUUGCAUUGAGUUCGGGGCAGUGUAGAAGGACAAAUGGCCCAACCUAGUUUUUUAAAUGAAGAUUUAGCAAGAUGAAUUAAAAAGUAGUAACCAACCUGAAUUUCAUAAGACAGUUAUUAGAAUUUUAAAGUUUUAUAAACCUACAUAAUACAUAUAACUUGAGGACCAUGUAUGGUUGCUAGAAGUGAUUGCAUUACAUUUUCUUUGUGAUGAUAGAAUAGUGGGAAGAAAUGAAAUGAUGAGCAGAGCCACGCCCAUCUUCCCUGUUGGAUGUGAGCUGAAAAUAAGCCACCUAUUUUGUAGAAAUACAGAAACAAAAAGGCUUGUUGAGUGUUUACUGUAUGCCAGAAACUGCUGAAAGUUAGUCAUGAGUUUUCUAAUUUAAUCCUCACAUCAGCUUUUAACAGUAGACACCCCACAAGGCUUUGAGUUCAACUUGCAUUGCAAUUCAGCCAGUCACAGGAUAAGAUUCUGGGUUUUUUGUUUUUUUUUUUUUUUUUU